CCCAAACCACAAACAUUGACCCUUGGAGCCUGUCAUCACUACCACACCUCCAAUGGCUACCCCACUCUGAUAUUUUUAAUUUUCUUGAUGAAACCACAAGCAGAAGCAGCAACCCCUUUAGCUUUUUGGAGAAAGAAAAGGCUAGACAACCAUCCCUUUCUCCACCCCAGGCCCCCCCAUAACCCUCUCUUUCUGUUCCCUUUUUUCUAUUUCCUUUGUGAAAAAAAAACCCUAAUUCACAGGUUCCCUCACUCACACACAAUCUCUCAAAAAAGAAAAACAUCACACCCUUCUCUCUCUCCAUCUAUCUUUCUCUCUCCUCUCACCAACUCCCAAGUAACAACCCAAACAGAGCAAUUCUCUCUGCAACACACCACCACCAAGUAUUAAAUACAAGAUCAUCCUUGGGGUGGUUGGAAUUGGAUUGGUUCUUCUUCCCCUUUGUUUACGUAUAUAUAUCCCACACAUCCUUUCACUCAAUGACAAAUUAAGCAAAAAGUACUGAUUUGUGCAGAUCACAGGAAUUGAAAAACGUGUGUGAAGAAAAGCUACUACUCUCUUUAAUUUUUUUCCCUUUUCCUUCCAUAACCAGAAACACCCAUCUCUCAUGUUUUUCAAUUUUUCUCUCUAGUCCCAUACCGAUACCACACCCCAUUCUGUGAGAUCGUCCUCUUUAAUAAAAAGCUACUACCAUGUGUGAGUGAGUGUGAGUGACCCAAAAUCCUCUCACGUUUUUUCCAUUUCCUGCUCUCAUGGAUUCUGCCAACAGUGGCAGCAUGCAAUCCUCCAGCACCGGUGCUGAUGAAGAGUACGAUUCACGCGCCGAUUCAUCAUCAUCACUCUCUGCUUUCUUAAACCAUAACAACCACAACAACCACCCUCCACCACCACAACCACCACCACCAACAACAACAAACCAUGUUGGUGUUGGUGGUCUCUUUAACCAUCAUCUAAACGCUGCACACCACUUCGACCCUUUUUCCAAUUACCUGGAUUCAAUUCAAACUUCCCCAAACCUGGACAUGGUUUGGUCAAGAUCAUCAUCGGCCGCUGUCAGAACCGAACCAAACCAAUCCGAUCUCAGUAACAACCAAGCUUUUCUCUUGAACCAAUUUGCUGCGGGCGCCGCGACGGUUCCGGGCUCGCAGCAAUUAUCUAUGCCUCCAGAAAAUGCUCAUCAAGCUCAAAGCAAUAACAGCAACAACAACAACCAAGUUCGGAACCCGAAGAAACGGUCGAGAGCUUCUCGCCGCGCUCCAACCACCGUGCUCACCACAGACACCACCAAUUUCAGAGCCAUGGUUCAGGAAUUCACUGGAAUUCCAGCACCUCCUUUCAGUUCCUCACAUUUCCCAAGAACAAGGUUGGAUCUGUUUGGUGCUUCAUCUGCUGCUAGUUCGACACCACCUUAUCUUCUUCGCCCUUUUGCACAGAAAAUUAAACCUCCUCCUCCUCCACCUCCUCAGCCUUCAACUAAUUCAACCAAUUCAACUUCCAUUAACUACCUGCAGCAGCAGCAGCAACAACAGUUUCCUCUGAACAUGCAGAAUAAUACAUUUCAAUCCAUUGUCCAAGCACCUCAAAAAUAUUCAAUUGGGAAUUCUUCUCUGGUUUCCCCCAAGACUCAAUCUUCCUUGGAAAUCCCGCCCGCUACAGUGGAUUCCCAUCUGAAAAUGAGUGUCAUGGAGGGAUUAGGAUUAAUGAGCCAUGCGCAUGUUAACACCCAAAUCGGUUCUCUUCAUCAGAACAUGGUUCCUUCAUCAUCUGAUGAAGGAGCAUUGUUGUCCAGGAUCAACAACAUUCACAAUUCUUCAGGCAACUGGGCACAAAGAAUGGGUGCCAAUGCCAUUGCCAACAAUGAUGGUGAUCAUCAUGGAGGAGUUUUUUUGGGGUCUCUUGGUGGCAGAUCAAGUAACAUUAUUCCAGAGGGAGUGCCGAACGGCGGCUCCUCGCCUUCUCCGUCGGAUUUUCAUGGAGAGAAAGGACCUGAGCGUGUUGUGGCGGCGAGAAGCGAAGGUACGGUGGAAUCAUGGAUUAAUUGUUCUUCUGAAUGAUAAUUUUUCCGCUAUCAUGAAUUAUAUGUGAAAAAGAAUAUGAAAAGGGAGACUAGUACAAUAUCAUAUUCAUGCAUAGAGAUUAAAGCAAUUAAUCAUGGUAGUACAAAGCAAAGCUGCUGCAUGAAGGAGAGAAUCAAUCUUUGAUAUCCUGAUCAUCUUAACCAUUACCAUCAAAUUAAUUAACCAGUACUGUUUUCCUUUUUAAUUUAUUUUUGUUCUUUGGGUCCCUUAGAAUUAUGCGUAAAUAAGUAGCAAGCUUAGAUUGUCUUUUCUCUUUCUCCAAUGUUUUUCUUUUCUUUUCUUAUCAAUUUCCUCUAAUUCUCAAUUGUGCUUUUAAUCAUAUAUAUACAGCUUUAGAAGAACAAAUCCCAGAGGUUUCAGUGUUUAUGGCAUAAUUAGAACCAUGGCACUGGUUUGAUUCAUGUUGAUAAUAUUAUCUAUAUACUAUAUGGGUUUUUGCUUUGA